GGUCAAGCUAAUUGAACAUGCCCCACGCAGACUCCUCUUACUUCGGAUCUGGCUCUAAAGCCGAGAUUUAUGCGCAGGUCAUUCAGCAAGCCAAGGGCCUUGUGACAGGACAGCGCAACUGGGUCAGCAACUUCUCCAAUGUCGCCUCCCUCCUCUGGCACGCCUACGCCGCGCUUCCGGCCCCCUCCUCCUCCGUGAAUUGGGCUGGUUUCUACAUCCGCCAAGAUCAAUUCCCUUCCAAAGAGACAGCUGAAUCGACAGAAGCCGCUCGUGUGAAAGAAACGCUCUGGCUCGGUCCCUUCCAGGGCCGUCCAGCUUGCCAGGAGAUCCGGUUUGGUCGCGGCGUGUGCGGGGCGGCGGCGGCGAAGCGCGAGACGGUCGUUGUUCCCGAUGUGCUGGAGUUCCCCGGGCACAUUGCUUGUGAUGCGAGUAGUCGAAGUGAAAUUGUGGUGCCGAUUCUGGCGGGCGGCGAGACGGUCGCGAUUAUUGAUAUAGACUGCGCCGAGCCGUCGGGUUUCGAUGAUGAGGAUAAGGAGUAUCUUGAGGAAUUGGCAGCGCUACUUUCUGAGAGCUGCGACUGGUCAGUAUGA